AUGACUUCCGCACCGAGUGGAACACACAAUUUCAAAGUAGUGUUAUUGGGUGAAGGAUGUGUAGGAAAAACGUCUUUGUUGCUGCGAUACAUUGAAGAUAAAUUCAACGAUAAACAUCUUACUACACUUCAGGCCACAUUUUUAAAUAAAAAGUUGAACAUUAAUGGCAAAAGAAUAAACCUAUCUAUAUGGGAUACAGCUGGUCAAGAAAAAUUUCAUGCGCUUGGACCCAUUUACUAUAGGAAUUCUAAUGGAGCUAUUUUAGUGUAUGAUAUUACUGACGAAGACUCUUUUGGAAAGGUAAAAAAUUGGGUGAAGGAAUUAAAGAAAAUGCUUGGUUCAGACAUUGUUCUAAUAAUAGCUGGAAACAAAAUAGAUUUGGAACAUGAGAGAACAGUACCACUAGAAGAGGCUGAAAGCUAUUCGACGAUGGUUGGUGCCAAACACUAUUACACAUCGGCAAAGUUAAACCAAGGCGUCGAGGAACUGUUUCUAGAUUUAACUCGAGAGAUGGUGGAAAGAUUUGAACAGAACGCCCAAGCCGAUGUAUCCAGGACUUCGCGGGUGCUAGUUGUUGACGACGAAUCACCAGUACAGACCUCGUGUUGCUCGGGCACUAGAAGUACCUAA